AUGUUUUAUCACCAUCGACAUUUUUCAACUAAAGUUGUCGCUUCACGACGUCUGAAUCACCACGGGCAAAGUCUUCUCGAAGCUGUUCAAAAAGUCCGAGCACGUCUAUGCUCCGUGCCCACAGCCCACAGCGAUGCCAAAGCAUUGGUGGCCAACGCUGUGCAACCUCCACUCGCAUCUAGCAACGACGUCUACUUUGAGGAUGAGCGUAAGUUGACUAGGCUUGAGGCUGCAGAACUUGACCGCUGUGUGGAGCGUCGAUUAAAAGGGGAACCACUUGCUUAUAUAACUGGACGGAAGUGGUUUUGGUCGUUAGAGUUCAAUGUUUCAAAGGAUACCCUUAUCCCUCGAAGUGACAGUGAAGUUCUGAUCGAGACGUUAGUUGAAGAGAUCAAUCCAGAAACGCCGUUGAAAAUUUUGGAUAUCGGCACGGGGUCAGGAUGUUUAUUGCUGUCCGCUUUGUCCGAGUUUCCUCAUGCUACUGGAGUGGGUAUCGAUGUAUGCCCGAGAGCUCUAGCUGUGGCAAAACAAAAUGCUAUUUCAACUGAUCUCGCCACAAGAGCAACAUUUUUAUUGCGCGAUUUGAGUGCGUUGCCUGGUCUUAGUAGUAGUGAGGACAAGACGCUGUGCCAUCGUUUUGAUGUGAUUCUGUGUAAUCCACCGUAUAUUCCAAGGCAGGAAACUGACCUGGUAGAACCUGAGGUGUUGAACUAUGAACCACACCUUGCUCUUUUUGCAGAUGGCGGAUCCAAUCUCGAUGACAGUGAAGUGGACCCCGAAGGACUACGUAUGUAUAGAAUAGUAUACGAAAGUGUUGACAAUCUUUUUCGAUCCGAUGCUAAAAUGAAUCGAGAUGCAGCGUUAGCUCGAAGCUCAGAUAAGCUUUUAAUUCUGGAAGUUGGGUCUGAAAAGCAAGCUCAAGCAGUGCGAAGAUUAUUUUCAACCAAAGAUCCAAGAAAGGGCCUCCACCUGCACUUCAAGCGGUUUUUAUUUGAUGCAUGUGGUAAAUAUCGAGGCAUUCUCUUUCUGGCACAAUAG